CGGGGCCGCCAUUUCCUGUGGGCGCUCCCCCUGUGGUGUGCCCGUAGCAAAGAUGGCGGCAGCGGCUGUUUCCGGGCCGCUCGGGGUGCGGAGCAUGGCGGCGGGCAGGGCGCUGUCCUGAGCCGGGCACCGGGGCACUGCGAGCGGGUCACCGCGGAGAUGGCGGCGGCCGGCGGCUCUCCCAGCAUCGUCGAGUACUUCGGCGGAGAGGAUGGCUACCGCUGCGGCUACUGCAAGAACGAGACCGGCAACCUCUCCCACGGUAUGUGGGCACAUUCAAUGACAGUUCAAGAUUACCAGGAUCUCAUAGACAGAGGAUGGCGAAGAAGUGGAAAAUAUGUGUACAAACCCAUCAUGAAUCAGACAUGUUGUCCUCAGUACACAAUAAGGUGCCAGGCUUUGCAUUUUCAGACCUCCAAAUCUCACAAGAAAGUUCUGAAGAAAAUGCUCAAAUUUCUUUCCAGAGGAGAUGUUUCGAAAGUAGUGAGUGAAGAAGAGCCUAUGGAUUCCCAUAUAGAGAAUGCGGUCGCCUGCGAUUUUGCCUACAAAGGUGAAUCUCAUGUCAGUCAGUCUGAACUGACUCCCCUGAGCGUGGAUCACACGGAGAGGGUGGAGAAUGAAGAUCAGGGCACGGGAGAAAAGAAAGAAGAGGGAAAUGUGCAGAAGGUGGAAUCGGAUUCUCUUCAGCUACACGCAGAUAUAGAGACACCAGUCCCUGGAGAACCCUCACAUUCGGCUAAAGUUGUUCAUGCACCACCUAAGCCAGGGAAAGGGGCUGACCUGAGCAAACCCCCAUGCCGAAAGGCGAAGGACAUACGGAAAGAAAGAAAACUGCAGAAACUCCUUCAGAACCAGAUGUGCACAGUGGAAGGCUCUCAACUUCAAGCAGCAGACCCUGUUUUCCUCUUGCAGAACUCUGAAUCUAAACCAAACCAACCUAAAACCAUUGAAGACUUUGUUUUUGCCUCUUUACCUGAUGAUGCACGACACAAAUUAGAGGUGAGGGUGGUGAGAUCAUCUCCACCAAGUUCACAGUUCAAAGCCACAUUUCAGGAAUCUUACCAGGUCUAUAAACGUUACCAGAUGGUUAUUCACAAGGACCCACCUGAUAAACCAACUAUAAAUCAGGUGAGGUUAGUACCUGUCUCCUUUGAGGACCCCCAGUUCAAAUCAUCCUUCAACCAGUCAGCCACUUUAUUUGCCAAGUAUCAGAUGGCUGUACACAAGGAUACCCCUUCUGAGUGUGGUGAGAACGAGUUCACACGAUUCCUCUGUGACUCUCCUCUGGAGGCAGAGAAUGCACCAAAUGGACCAGAAUGUGGCUAUGGUUCUUUCCACCAGCAGUAUUGGCUGGAUGGGAAGAUAAUUGCUGUUGGUGUCGUUGAUAUCCUGCCCUACUGUGUGUCCUCUGUCUACCUGUACUACGAUCCAGACUAUUCUUUCUUAUCUUUGGGAGUCUACUCUGCAUUACGAGAGAUCGCUUUUACCAGGCAACUCCAUGAGAAAGCUCCUGAUCUCUGUUUUUAUUACAUGGGUUUCUACAUUCAUUCAUGCCCCAAAAUGAGAUACAAGGGUCAGUACAGGCCCUCUGACUUGUUGUGCCCAGAGACAUAUGUCUGGACGCCUAUUGAGCAAUGUCUGCCUCUGCUUGAGCACUCAAAGUACUGUCGAUUCAACCAGGAUGGAAAAGCAGUUGAUGAAGGUCGGAUCAAGGAACUGGGCAGGGUGAGAGUACUCCACAAGAGAAUUGUCAUGCCUUACAGUGUGUAUAAGAAAAGAAGGAAGGGACCAAGCGACGAAGCCAGUGUCCAGCAAUAUGCAAGUCUGGUUGGACAGACCUGUUCAGAAAGAAUGUUGUUGUUUAGAAGUUGAGAAAUGAUGAAAUGGCAUUUUGACAGCACCACAUUUUAUUGCACUGCCACUGGAUGAUCCGUACUAUAGUUGUGUGUUGGUAUGCUCCUCAAAUAGCAGUAUGAACUACAGGUAUAUAUCUAGGCUUGUGUGAAUACAUGGUACUGUGUUUUAAGGCCAACUCCAAUAAAAUUUACAGUACAGCAAGGCUUUAGCAAUAUAAGGUUAGAAAAACAUGCUUGCAAUAUAUUUUAAUGAAGUAGCUCUAGCCUUUCUAUGCAUUUUGAAUAAUUCUAAGUGUCUAAGCAAAAUGAAAAACAGGUGUCUUUUUUUUUUGUAGAGACAAAGGUUGACUGAAUCUAGAUUAACAAUAAUUAAAUUACAACUGUUUUCAAAUAGCACCUUGGAUAUCUGUCAUUAAAAAUUGCCAUGAAAUUUAUGCUCGCGUUCGUAUGCUCCUAGACUCUUGCAAAGAGAAUUGAAACGUGCUGUGACUUUCUAACGUGAAAUCUGGCAUGGUUUGAUUUUUAUUUCAAUAGUAUAUUUAAAAACAGGAAGAAAUUAUUUUCACUGCACAUUCUUCAUUUGUUUGAAGCAGUAGGUUAGUGUCUGAGGUCCUAGUGAAUGUAGGAGUUCACAGUGGAUUCUUAGUGGCAGGGGAUGCAGUGCUUUGGAAAACUUUCCCCUUUAGAGAUGAAACAGAAUAGUUGCACUAUAAAUAUACCAAAGAUAUGCAGCCAAGAGGCACAGUGGGUUUUUGGUAUAAGCCUUAUCCUUUGUCUAAAAAGAGUGGAUAUUUUAAUUUAAAAAUUUCCACUAAUGUGAAAUAGAGCUUGGAAGGUUUAUCCUGCAGCUCUUUGGUGCACAUUUCAGAACUAUGCUAAAAACACCAGACAUGAGGUACCACUGCUGGGUUUUAUUGCAAUUGUUUUUUCUUCUGAAUUGCACGAGAAGACUUAAAUAUCAUAUUCCUGCAUUUUUUACUGUUUUGUUUAUGGUGCAGCAGCUCACAGGUUAACAUCUUGUAUGUUAACAUCUUAAUACCACUGUAAUAAAUACUUCUGUUGGAAACACUGGAAGUUGUGAUGCUUUAUGAAAGCACUUUAUUAUCUGAGACCUGAAUGUUGUCAUUAGUAGUCUCUGCCCCUAUCAAGUCAUACAAGUUAUAGGCAUUUUGGGAAAUAACACUUGUAUAAUUCAGUAAUGUAUUACAACAUCGUAAGAAUCCCAAUGCAUUUGUGUUUCUUAUCUUUUGGGAUAACAGGAGCUAGUAUUUACCUUGAAUCAACUUGAAGUUUCCUGUUAACGUUAGAAUAAAGAUUCUUAUUCAAGAAUGCAUGUGUAGAUGGUUUUCCCUAGAAAGGAACCAAAUUCCACUUUACCCUCUGAAGGUUACAUCUCCCAUCGUUGAUGGGUUUGAUUUAAUUUUAGACACUUGGCCAAUAUUAUUAAUCACUGAUUUUUAUGUGGAACAGACGAUUCAAGUGCAUUGCAGAUUUGACUUUUUUUCCCAUAUCUUUUUGAUCAUUGUAAUGUCAUUAAUACACAGUACAGCUUCACCAGUGAUUUUAAAAAGUCACUUCGUGUUUUAUUAAUUGAGAUGUAUGGUAUUGAUCUGCUCCCAGCCUGCAGCAAAACUGAUUCAUUCUGUCAGCAUUAUAGCUGGUAUGUGUUAACCUUUCGCCUGGUACCAAGAAGUUUCUGUACCAUCUAGCUUGUCCAUGUCUUAUCUAAACCUGUUGCCAUGGGGGAACCACUAAAUACUACUAUGAACAUUAGUAUGAAGAGUUCAUUUCUGUGGAGAAAAUACUCUUGCCGCUGAGUGAAAUGUCAACUAGUACAAUGUUUUCUGUCUGCACAGUAUGUUGAAAAGCAGCGAUGCCCAUAUGGCCUAAAACCAAAAUAAAAGAGAAAACCUUUUUGUAUGCUAUAAAACCACUUAAUGGGCACAGAGAAAUUCCAGGAUGACUUGCAAAAUCCUAAAGAUUAUCAGUUAUGAAGAUUACUAUUUCACGAUGUCCUUGCUGUGCUCCUGGAGAAGUUAAAGUUUCUGUUAAAUAGCAAGAGAGCAGACUUAAUGUCACCACAGAGAGUUCUUGAAGAGCUCCAUCUUUUUGUGCCCACUCUUUGUUACUGAUAUGCCUUCUAGAUAUGCGUUAGACUUCUGUCUGAUGCUGUUUCUCUUGGGGAACUUUUAAUGACUGCGGUUAAAGUGACAUAAGAUUAAAAGUUGAUUACAGCAUAAGGUUGUUGUUAAUGUGACCACUAAAGGUAAAUGACCAUUUCCUGUGAAUUCUGAAAUGGUGCUUUCGCUUUCUGACCUCCACUGGAACUGCAGCACCAUGGCAUGCUGGGCUUGGGACUCUUCCUGAACUCAAAUAGGUAUAUACGUGUGUGUAUAUAUAUAUACGUGUGUGUAUAUAUAUAUAUUUUGAAUUGAGUUCAUCUGAUGUAUGAAGGUGAGAUCUGACUCACUUCUUUAGUGUUAUUUCAGAAGGAAAUCAGUGCAGUAUCUUUUCAGGACUGAUACCUCUGCUUUAGAAGUGGAAUAGAGUCCAGGGGUGAAGUUCUGUAAACUUUGCCACUGACUUCAGUGGAGCUAAAAAUUCACAACUAUUACAAUUUUAUUUAAUGAAAUGUUGUCAUUGAGAAUUACUGAAUUUAGAGAUAUUUAAUUUAGUACAAACUAUUUUAUAAGAGGAGUUGUAAAAGUUAGUUUGUGAGAGUUAAUCCCUGAAGUAAGACUGCCUUAUUCUAUCAUCUGUUGCUAAAUGAGCAUAAAACAGUGGUAAGAAAAUGCAGAGUUGUGACCAGGGCUAAAAAUACCAUUCUUUAUUUUAACUGGAAAUAAAUGGGGAGCUUUCUCAUUUCCAGCAUCACCACAUUUCAGUAAAUGCAAAAGAACCCGCAUGUUGAGUUUGUAAUUGCUGUUUGGCAGGCCUGUUUGACUUGCAAGUAUAGAAAAUAAAGUUAUUUCUAGUCUCUGUGAAUUAUUUAA